GGAGGAUGCAUUGAGUGUGUGACUGGUGUGAAGGAUGAAUUUAAAUGAGGGACGGACCAAUGCAAAUUAUAGCUAAAAGCAGCUGCAGCCCACACUCUCCUCUCUCUCUCUCACUCACUCACACACACAUACAUACAUACAUACAUACACUGAAAAAUCUGGCGACACAACAAAGGCAUUCACUGCAAUUUCUCUCCCUCCAUACCUCUUCUGCUCUCUCUCUCUCUUUCUUUCUUUCUCUCUCUCUCUCUCUCUCAUUCCACACCCAAAUAACAAAGCAUCUGGGAAGAAAAUCUUCUGGAAAUAAAAGCUUCUCUGUUGAUCUACUCUGUUCACCUCCAUAAAUGGAUCAGCUCAAGAUGUCUCUUGACAGAGAGUUGGAGUUUGAACAUUUUGAUGAGAGAGACAAGGGGAUGAGGUACAGCAGAGCAUCCAGAGUCAAUGGCUUGCCCAGCCCCACGCACAGCGCUCACUGCAGCUUCUAUCGGACCAGGACCCUGCAGACUCUCAGCUCGGAGAAAAAAGCCAAGAAAGUGCGCUUUUACCGCAACGGGGAUCGUUACUUCAAGGGCAUAGUGUACGCUGUGUCCCAGGACCGGUUCCGAUCCUUCGAGGCGCUGCUAGCUGACCUGACCCGAACUCUCUCUGAUAACGUCAACCUGCCCCAGGGAGUCAGGGUCAUCUACACCAUCGAUGGCUUCAGGAAGAUCAGCAGCAUGGAUGAGCUAGUAGCAGGAGAGAGCUACGUCUGCGCAUCUAUUGAAUUAUUUCGGAAACUGGACUACACAAAGAAUGUAAACCCCAACUGGUCAGUGAAUGUCAAGGCAACUGCAUCUGGAAGAACACCACCAUCUCUCAGUAGUGCCAAGGCUAUUCCCGUUGAGUCGAAAGAGAACAAAGAUUUCAUUCGACCCAAAUUGGUCACCAUCAUUAGGAGUGGUGUGAAGCCACGGAAAGCCGUCCGGAUUCUUCUGAAUAAGAAGACCGCCCAUUCAUUUGAGCAGGUUCUUACAGAUAUCACCGAUGCCAUCAAGUUGGAUUCGGGAGCAGUGAAACGUUUGUACACACUUGAUGGAAAACAGGUGAUGUGCCUUCAGGAUUUCUUUGGCGAUGAUGACAUUUUUAUUGCUUGUGGUCCUGAGAAGUUCCGUUAUGCACAAGAUGAUUUCUCACUGGAUGAAAAUGAAUGCCGAGUGGUCAAAUCCACUUCCUACACUAAAGUACCCGGUGCAGGUCCCUCUGGAUCCUCAGCACCAUUACAAUCCUCAGGACCAUCAGGAUGGAGAAGUGUCACAAAAAGCCCUGGGCCAUCCCGACGAAGCAAGUCCCCGGCUUCCACCAGCUCAGUGAACGGGACCCCAGGUAGCCAGCUUUCCACUCCACGUUCAACCAAGACCCCAAGCCCAUCGCCGACCAGCCCAGGCAGCCUUCGCAAACAGAAGAGCUCUCAGCACAGUGGAUCCUCAACAUCUCUGGCAUCAACUAAAGUCUGCAGCUCAAUGGAUGACAAUGAUGGACCUGCGUGUGAAGAAGUCGUGGAUGAAAUAUCUCAAGUGCCAGCAUCUAUCGCUGAGCGUUAUAAAGUUGGAAGGACUAUCGGAGAUGGAAAUUUUGCCAUCGUGAAAGAGUGUAUAGAAAGGUCAACUAACAGAGAGUAUGCUUUGAAAAUCAUUAAUAAAAGCAAGUGCAGAGGAAAAGAACAUAUGAUUCAAAAUGAAGUGUCCAUCUUACGAAGGGUCAAACACCCCAACAUUGUUCUUUUAAUUGAAGAGAUGGAUACACCAAGUGAACUCUAUCUUGUCAUGGAGCUUGUCAAGGGAGGAGACCUUUUUGAUGCAAUUACCUCCACCAACAAGUAUACAGAGCGAGACGCUAGUGGGAUGUUGUACAAUCUGGCUAGUGCUAUCAAAUAUCUGCAUAGUCUUAACAUUGUACAUCGGGACAUCAAACCAGAGAAUCUAUUGGUCUACGAGCAUCAGGAUGGAAGCAAGUCACUGAAGCUGGGUGACUUUGGUCUUGCCACACUAGUGGAUGGGCCUUUGUACACUGUCUGCGGAACCCCUACAUACGUGGCUCCAGAAAUAAUCGCAGAAACUGGCUAUGGCCUGAAAGUCGACAUCUGGGCUGCUGGUGUGAUCACUUAUAUUCUAUUGUGUGGAUUCCCUCCGUUCCGUGGACCCAGCAAUGAUCAAGACGUCCUGUUUGACCAGAUACUGAUGGGACAUCAGGAAUUUCCAUCACCGUAUUGGGACAACAUUUCUGAUGCUGCAAAAGAGCUUAUUACCAUGAUGCUUCAGGUUGAUGUGGACCAGCGAUAUUCAGCACAACAGCUGUUGGAACACCCCUGGGUGAAUGAUGACGGCUUGCCGGAGAAUGAGUACCAACUAUCAGUAGCUGGAAAGCUACAGAAACAUUUCAACACGGGCCCCAAACCGAGCAGCACCACCGCCGGAGUGUCUGUGAUAGCAACCACCGCUCUUGAUAAGGAGAGGCAGGUUUUCCGAAGAAGAUGCAACCAGGAUGUAAGGAGAAGUUACGUGGUACAAACCAAUGUGCCAGAACACAACUCGGAGUCUGAAGAUUACUCACCAAGCUCGUCUGAGACUGUUCGCUCACCAAAUUCUCCCUUUUAAUAAGCCCUGUUCUUGUUAACCAGCUGUAAUUGCUUAGUGCAAUUUUAUAAACCAUUUCUUAAGAAAUAAUGAAUGUUUAGUUAGUAAAGCUAGGACAAUGUUGCACUGAUAUAUGAACAGUAUUGAUUCUAGCAUGGUUUAAUGGAAAAGCACAAGGCAUGUGACAGUGUAGGUGAAUCCAGAUGCUUUGCAAUUCAACCAUUGUUCUGUAUACUUAACCGUAUAGGUGCUGUACUUUCCUUCCACCACGCAGCACGUAGGACAUGUUCUGUCUCUGACCAUCUGAGAAACAACAUUGGUUUGUUUGUUAUGGUGCUUCUGUUGCUCUUAGAGUAUUCAACAGGAGAAAUAUUUGUCAGUUCACGAAUCCUGAAUUCUAUAAAAUGUCAGUGUUCAUUGCAUUUUCCUUAAGCAAAAUUAAUCUUUCAUUCUAAUGUUUUAUAAUUAAGCUGUGACAGUUAAGAAAAAACACAAGGAACAAUUAUAUAGUAAAUCCAUGGUAAGAAAAACUUGAGUAUUCCAAAAUCCAGUGUGAUAAAACUCUGCUUGAACAGUACUUAUUUCGGAGCAUAGAAAGGUGAGAUAGGUGACUAGGAUUGUAUCUGUGUGUACCACCAAGAACCACUGAACAGCAGUAUUGUACGAUGUGACAAAACUCUAAAGUAAAGCUCCACAGUUUGAUAUGUAGUUCAUUAGAGAAGUAAUACAAUUUAUGUUAGAGUACUUGUAUCAACUGUGUAAAACAUCUUUGAAGAUGAGAAAAUUUCACAUGGCUAAACUUUUACAAUUUUGAAAUCAUCUUUUACUUCUUAGUAGUGGGUAGGUAUCUGAUUACCAACACAUGCAGUCAACACAAGAUCUUUGCUACAGACUGUUUUAUAGAAAAGAGUGGAAGUUAACUCAUGUGAAAUGUCAUGCUUUACAGUAGUCAUCAUCUGACUAAAUGUGGUGCAUACUACAAUAAACAAACAAGCCAAAUCUGUGAAUAAAUGAUUUAUUGAUAACUAG